AUGUUUCCUAAUUUACAAUAUUUUUAUUUUGGUCGAUCUUCAAUUUCCGAUGAACAAUUAUCCUUUUGUUUUAUACGUCUAACUGUUAUUUCUAGAAAUUUGUUAGAAUUACAUGUCUGCUUGAGAAGUUUUUAUGAUUGUCUUUAUUUACUUGAUGGAGAUUUCAAUCAACUUCAUAGACUUUAUGUUGAUCUCAGUGUCAUUGGCUAUAAGAAGAGAAGAGUUAACAAUAUGAAAAAACUACCUAGUUUAAAAUCCUUUUGGUUACAUUGUGAAACAAUAACAUUUGUUUAUGAUGAAUUAGUUUUACCACUUUUAUAUCGAAUUAACUUUAAUGAUAAACAAAUUAUCUAUUGGACUGAUUAUUUUCCAAAAGUAAAAAAAGGUUAUUGUCAUAUUUAUUCAUAUCCAUAUCAACUGAAAUAUUAUAAUAAUAUAACAAAUAAUUUUCAAGGUGGAAUAUUUAAAUAUGUUCGUCAAGUUGAAUUAUAUGAUGAACGUCCUUUUCAACAUGAAUUUUUCCUUCGAAUUGCUGAAUCAUUUCCAUUGAUGAAAGAAUUAACUAUACAUAAUGAACAACGACAAAUUAAUAAACAAUUUAGAAAAUCAAGACUUACCAAUCAUUAA